GCCGUCUGGUGGAAGUUGUCACAAUGGAAGUCUAGUUUUUUGUAGAAAGAUAACUAAGACUCUUGCUCUGUACGUAGAAAGAUUUGAUUUUCCUGUUGAAAACUUUUUGAUUUGUUCUUGGACCACGGGUCGUAGUCAGACAACGAAAAACAGACUAUUUGUUCACCAUUCCUCGUUCACCAAGAGCAGGAGAAUCUUGACAACAACUACCUCGUUCCUCUUGAAGGAAUACUUGAAGCCCGAACCUCUACACAGACCUACUCCUUUGGACGCGCUAGCUUUUUGGACGCAAUAGUGCACCAUGCAUUCCGUCGUGCGCUUGAGGAAGCUCUUUGCCCGUUCCACAUCGACACCUUUGCCACAGAAGGAGCACAUCGCGAUGGAGAGCGAAAGCGAUGGACUUGUCCGGGAUGAAGUAGAAAUGCUUGAGAAGCUCGAGCUACCUGAUACAGGUGGUUCUCAUCUAGAACCUUUGGAAGUGCCGAUGACGUUGAACGAUUUUUAUAAGAAUUUCGUGGAUAUUGGUUACAGUCGUCAUGAUCGGGAUAAUAUUUCCACAAACUUCGUCCAGUUUCUUGGCAAAUUUCUAUUCGACUAUCUCCACCACGCUGAUUUUAGAUUUGUUGGAGGUGACUCUGACUCGGCUAGCACGCUUGUUUGGCCAGGCGUACGUCAACUCUUUAGCAAUAUAACCGUAGAAUCUGUCUCUGCCCCGAACAUCAUGGCCAUGAAGUCGCGUGUAAACGAACAUGGAGCGUUGGGCGCCAUCGCCAGACGGGUACGUUUUCCCUUUCUCAUAGUUACUUGGGUAAAGUAGUUUGGUCUUUUGCACCGCGCUAAAAAACGUCGGUGAGGUAUGUGACUAAGGCGGCGAUGUAGGCAAGUAAGUAUGGCUUUGGGGGUGGUGCGUCGUCGCCUCUAGUCUCCAUUCUCACUGCCACCAGAGAGGCGCGCAACCAGUGCUCCGCCACCGAUCAUGGAAACGUUGGGCCGCCUUGCUUGUCUUCGGCUCCAGCGUGGCUCGCUGCCGCUCCUCGCUAUGUCGCUGACACGUCUGGCGCCCCACUCUUCUCCAGCGCCGUAGGCACCGCGAUCGCCGUGGCCGCGUCUUGCGACACGGAGACGGACGCGACUAGCGCGACGCGCGCGUGCCGCAUCGUAUCAGUCACACUGGCAGGGACCAGCGUGGCUGCGCCGGGUCGGCGUCAUCAAUUCAGACCGCGCGAGUGAAGGGUUAUUCGCGGGCCGUCUAGAGAGGGGCCGCCCUCGGUUUUCGGAGGGGCUGGCACACCCGGCGUAUGCGGAGGCCGCCACGGUCGUUGCUAUGGUGCAUUCGAGUUUCGUGACAGAUUUUGCCGUGGCGUUUCUUGAGUGGUAUGGCCACGGCGUGCCUGGGAUUUGCCAUUGUACAGUGCUCUUUUUUGAAUUUGCUUCUACCUCUAUCGUGAAAACAUUUUAGGUGAUUCACAAAGACGGAAAAGGCGCAGACGACAGAAUACUCGAGCUUGACUUCUAUGCGUGGCUGCCCGAAAAAGGUGGAGGGGGAGGCACGUUUAUGACUUGUCAAAAAAUGAUAUAGGUCAAUCAUUUUGCUACAGACCCGGAUAGUGCUACAAAAUAAAUGACCUUUUUCGCCGCAGGCGAGGGCUGGUGAGAUGCAGCUCCAAGGGUUUAAAUACAUGUGUGAGAAACUGCGUCUUUUUCUUUCUAAAACUUGGAAGCACUUCGGCUGGAGCACGGCGAGGAAGGUGGACGACAAAAAAGCACAAAUUCACCUGUCUGUAUAUGAAGAUGCCGAGGAAGUCUUGUUCACGCCUUCAAACACCGGCGAGACCAAGAAGCCUUGGUACCGUCGUUCAGCCCCCAACAACAAGAACAAGAGCUACCUGUCUGUAGCCAUUGGCUUCAAACGGAAAAGCUGGGAGGUCAAAAUAGGAGAGACGUUGCAGCCGCCUACGGCAGAGGAAAAGGCGCCAAAACUGAUCACCACGGCAAACCGCAACGACUUUGCAAACCGGGAACAGGCUAUCAUGAAUCCUGUGAGCAGCUUCCUGCAGUCCACAACGGCAAGCUGGAUCGCCCAAGCCUCGUGCUUGCAGUCUGUCGACCCGCUUUGCGUGUCCUGCUUCGGUCUGCUGCUUUUGGUGGCCCUGUUGCUCUCGCCUUGGUCGAGACGCUGCCGCCGCUCUAUUCGCUCGCACUAUCGCCGUGAUGUGCACUUGUUUUAAGGGUGUUAUUUCAUCAACUUGCUACUUCAUAGACGUAACAAUUUCAGAGGGAAUGCAAGGCCAAGCUAAGCAAAUCACUCAAAUCAUGAAGAUGAUGAAAAGCUACUACUAAUGGUUGCCCAUCAGUGUCGAACCGAAAAAGCUGUAUGGCGAGCAGUACGGGGCAUUGGGUAUGGACCAGGUACAAAAGAACGGCGAGUCCAGCGCAUGAGAUUCGGCAAGAAACAGGAUAUUGAACGUGAGGAAAGAAUAGUUCAUAGGUGUUAUCUUCGUAGAUAUACUAUGUGGAAGAUAUUCUUAGAUGUUAGUGGUCGAAAGACAUUCUUAGAUGUUACUGCACCAAAUUACGAGGCACAGAACUUCUUAAGUACUUAGUCAUAAUCAUAACUCGAGUAUUUAUAUGUAUAAAAAACAGUUGUCAUUCUAUCUCUCAUCUCUCCCGUCGUUGGGAGCCUGCACGAAAUCAUUAUUUUGGAUUUUUGGGCCCAAAAAAACUCAGAAGUAAGCAUAGAUACUGUAAAGUUUUCAUCAUGUAUUGGAACAAGUCACGAUAAUUUACAACCACUUCAUGAAAUGUACACCAACACUUCUUGAAUAUUGGAGCAAAACUUGAACUGCAUAAAUAAAGCAAACUGUACACC